UCGCUGGCUCGGGGCUCGCUGGGGACUGGCAGGAACCGGAGCAGCACUGCCGCCUCUGGCGCGAAGGCUCAGGCGCCUCCUCCCGCCCCAGUCACUGUGGCUCCGCGCACGCUGCCGGCAGCUGCCCUUUCCGCCUCUCGGGAAGAGGACCCGCGGGCCGCCGUCGCGAUCCAACCAUGGCCUCGGGCCGCAGAGGCUGGGACAGCUCCCACGAGGACGAUCUGCCCGUGUACCUGGCCAGGCCGGGCACCACCGACCAGGUCCCGCGGCAGAAGUACGGCGGUAUGUUCUGCAACGUGGAGGGCGCCUUCGAGAGCAAGACGCUGGAUUUCGAUGCCCUGAGCGUGGGGCAGCGGGGCGCCAAGACUCCCCGGAGCAGCCAGGGCAGCGGCCGCGGCUCGGCGAGCCGCCCCGGCGCCGAGGGGGACACCCCGCGCCGGGGCCAAGGCCGGGAGGAGAGCCGGGAGCCCGCGCCCGCGUCGCCCGCGCCCGCCGGGGUGGAGAUCCGGAGCGCCACCGGCAAGGAGGUUUUGCAGAACCUCGGCCCCAAGGACAAGAGUGACCGUCUUCUGAUCAAAGGAGGCAGAAUUGUCAACGAUGAUCAGUCCUUUUAUGCUGAUAUUUACAUGGAAGAUGGCUUAAUUAAGCAAAUUGGAGACAAUCUGAUUGUCCCUGGAGGAGUGAAGACCAUCGAAGCCAAUGGGAAGAUGGUGCUCCCUGGGGGCAUAGACGUCCACACCCACUUCCAGAUGCCCUACAAGGGGAUGACCACGGUGGACGACUUCUUCCAAGGGACCAAGGCAGCCUUGGCGGGGGGCACCACCAUGAUCAUUGACCACGUGGUGCCUGAGCCUGAGUCCAGCCUGACGGAGGCCUACGAGAAGUGGCGGGAGUGGGCGGAUGGCAAGAGCUGCUGCGACUACUCCCUGCACGUGGACAUCACCCACUGGAGUGACAGCGUCAAGCAGGAGGUGCAGGGCCUCAUCAAGGACAAAGGGGUGAAUUCCUUCAUGGUUUACAUGGCCUAUAAGGAUUUGUAUCAAGUGUCCAACACCGAGCUGUAUGAGAUCUUCACCUGUUUGGGAGAGCUGGGGGCCAUCGCUCAGGUGCACGCUGAGAAUGGGGACAUCAUUGCCCAGGAGCAAACCCGGAUGUUGGAAAUGGGAAUCACUGGCCCAGAAGGCCAUGUGCUGAGCCGACCAGAGGAGCUGGAAGCGGAGGCUGUGUUCCGUGCCAUCACCAUUGCCAGCCAGACCAACUGUCCACUCUACGUCACGAAGGUCAUGAGCAAGAGUGCCGCCGACCUUAUCUCGCAAGCCAGGAAAAAAGGAAACGUGGUCUUCGGCGAGCCCAUCACCGCCAGCCUCGGCACGGAUGGGACCCAUUACUGGAGCAAGAACUGGGCCAAGGCGGCUGCAUUUGUGACCUCCCCACCUCUGAGUCCGGACCCGACCACUCCUGACUACAUCAACUCCUUGCUGGCCAGUGGGGACCUGCAGCUCUCUGGGAGCGCCCACUGCACCUUCAGCACCGCCCAGAAAGCCAUCGGGAAGGACAACUUCACAGCCAUUCCCGAGGGCACCAACGGCGUGGAGGAGCGGAUGUGUGUUAUCUGGGACAAGGCUGUGGCCACGGGGAAAAUGGAUGAAAACCAGUUUGUGGCCGUGACAAGCACAAACGCUGCCAAGAUCUUUAACCUGUACCCCCGCAAGGGAAGAAUAUCUGUGGGCUCCGACAGCGACCUGGUCAUCUGGGAUCCGGAUGCUGUCAAGAUCGUCUCUGCCAAGAACCACCAGUCGGCCGCAGAGUACAACAUCUUUGAAGGGAUGGAGCUGCGCGGGGCUCCUCUGGUGGUCAUCUGCCAGGGCAAGAUCAUGCUGGAAGACGGCAACCUGCACGUGACCCAGGGCGCCGGCCGCUUCAUCCCCUGCAGCCCCUUCUCGGACUAUGUCUACAAGCGCAUUAAAGCCCGGAGGAAGAUGGCGGACCUGCACGCGGUGCCCAGGGGCAUGUAUGAUGGGCCAGUGUUUGACCUGACCACCACGCCCAAGGGGGGCACCCCCGCCGGCUCCACCCGGGGCUCUCCCACUCGGCCCAACCCGCCCGUGAGGAACCUCCAUCAGUCGGGAUUUAGCCUGUCAGGCACCCAAGUGGAUGAGGGGGUCCGCUCCGCCAGCAAGCGCAUCGUGGCGCCCCCUGGAGGCCGUUCGAACAUCACAUCCCUGAGCUAAGCCACCCUUCCCGGAAGAGAGGGGCAGAAGCAAGAAGAGAUUCUUUUGAAGCCAAAAUGGUACACCACUAUUUAAGAAGGAAAGCGAAUCCAAACAGUUUCGAGCUAAAGAAUCAAUAAGCCUCAAGCCUUAUGUUUCUCCAAUGUUACGCUCGCUUGCCUAGCUUUACGAAUAUCGCUUUGUUUUCGGUUUAUGCUUAGCCUAAUGGGGGUUGGAACCCCCUCCCCCCACUUUCAUGCAUGCAAUCAGGCCACUAAGGUAAGAGUCUGCUAUAUAGUGUUGAGAGCGUGUGUAGUGCUGCAUCUUAAGACAAGGGGACAGACAAAGCUGGGACGUCAGGAAAAUGAACACAAGGGACGCUGGUUAUUUGGGGUCCGUGGGUGGUGGGAGCCCAGAGCAAGGCCGAGGGCUGGGAUAGGCUGUGUACGGGGGGAGGGGCGGCGGGGGGUGAGCUUAAGGGGUCUUGUGUAUUGCGUUGAGGAAGUACCUUUAUUUCCACGGAAGAUGGCCACCUCGGGGCAGCCGGGUCACUCCCGCACCGUCUGAGAAGGCAGGCGGUCUGGGGUUCCAGACUUUGUUACGUUCCCUACUAGUAGAAUUUAUUCCUUGGACCAUUUUGUUACAACGCCCCCCUCCCCAACCCGCCCCAAUCCAACUAGCGCGUCCACCUGCUGAGUCGUGCCAGAGUUUGGACGGACCUCUUUCUUGGUGGGCUUUUCCACGUCUUCUCUUCUUUCCUGGGGUUGGGCAGGAAAGGGGAGAGAGGAAAAGCCCUCUCUCUUUCUCUUGCCCUCCCUGGCUCUUUGGUGCUCUUAAAAGGCGGCAGCUGCGAGCACGGCACAGGCGCUUAAAUGACGCCUCCCGCUAAACACCUGCUGGUGGUCGCCUCCCCUCUCCUUGCAAACGGAGGCGAGCGGGCAGCUCCUGGCAGGACUGAGUUAGGACUGGAGCCUCGUGUGCCAGCGGUGAGUGACGCUCUUGAUCUCCCGAGACCCAGGCGCAUCCUUGAUUGAAUAGGAUUUUGUGGGCAGAGUGUUUUCGCCGGUGUCCCUAACUCCUCUUGGGGAAUGUCAGCGGCUGUGGGAGUCCAGCAGGGAUGUGGAAAAGCCCACGGGGAGCAGAGGGAGCACUGCCUGUGGUCGUGGUUCUGUUCGUUGGCUCUUUCGCCUUCUGUUAGCAUCUCCUUGGGGAAGACUUGUUUCCGUCCUGGAAUCCCUGGACGAGUGGAAGUGACAUUCGGCCUUCCUGACAUGACGCUUAAAGGAAAUUAGCAUCCAGUGUUAGCUCCCACCUUGUCUGUCAGCCCUGCAUGUCCAGUUCCCCGUCGUGCCACUUCCUAAAAUUCAGUUUUUUGAAGCAAGUUCUUUGAGGGCGAUGAGGAUUUGUAGAACCAAGCCUCCAUGUGCAGGAAAAAUAUAUUCAACCUGGGACCAGACUUCUUUGCGUGGGGGUGGGGGGUGGGGGAGAGAUCCAGCUGGUAGAUCCCAGUCCUUUCAAGAAAAGAGCAGGCCUCAGACACCUUUCAAGCGCUUAGGAGAAGCUAUUAUCUCUGCAGGUGUUAGUAAGCUGAAGACCAGAGAAAAGGGUUGAAAAGGAAUUGGGAAACAGCCAAGGAAGAGGAUUUCUCUAGCAAGCUAAUUUCUGUUCUAAUCAUUAAAAAAAAAAAAAAAAAAAUUUGUCCCCUCAUACACGGAGUCUUGCUAUUUCUAAGGCUUUUUCAUGGUGCCUUUAAGGGAAACUUAACUGAAGGAGAGGAUGUAGCUCUUGAUUUAUAACUCGGAGACUGGGGAGCCUUUGGCAGAAAUCACUAUGACAGUUUUGCAGGCAGAGGGAGCGGAUCAGCUGCAGCCUCUUUAUAUACCUCAUUGGCUGGGCUGUGCGGCAGGAUGCGUUGCAGUACCAGCCACAACCACCAGAUGGAGGAAGAGACGCUUAAAUAACGCUAGUCCGAGCAUCCACUUGCACGCGUGCCGUCCGCUGCUGCUCUUACCCAGACCCUGCGUCCAGCUCCUCCUCCCAUGACCUCUCUGUGCCGUGAAAAUAGAUGGUCCGUGGUCAGAUGGGUUGCACUUGGGGCUUCUGAAUGAAACCUUCAACCCGAACUUUAUAUUCCACACAAGGUUUCCAUGCUGUGGGAACCCCCCCUUCAUGCCUUCGCGGCAGGCAACGUCCCUCAUCUGAGAAAGUCUCCCUUUCUUCACUUAGUAACUUACCGAGCAUAGACAUUCCUGAGAAUUCCAAGAAAACUCCCACGAUUUUCGGGACUUUGAUUUCUGGUUCCUUAUUACUUAAGUUGAAAUUUAUAUUCAAAUGGAUCCUCUUGCAAGAGACCCAAUCAAAAAGCCGGGUCCACAGGGUUUAGGCAGAGAACCUGCGGAGGUGGUGGGGGCGGGGGUGGGGCACAGCCCUCUGGGUUCCCUGGCAUCUCCUCCGAGCGUGCUGGAUCUUCCACCUCCCCCCACCCCAGCUUGCUUUUGCUGUCUCAUCUCUUGGCCCCGCCCCUCUCUUUCCCCCAGCCUUCUCGCAUUACUCCAAACCCAGAUGGAGCAACCUUCGGGGUUUCUUUCUGGCACGGCCAGUGUCUUGGGGAGUGGAGAAGGUAUUCGUAGAACUGUUAAAUCAGCCACCCCACUAGGAAGAUUCCUUCUCUGAGUUUUCUAAAGCUGGCAGGUUGUAGUUAGGCAGAAAAUCGGUUCAUCCAAGUCUAGUCACCCUGUGGCCUUUUUCUGCAUGACUACACACAGAAAGUCAUGCUCUGCUCCCAAGGCCUGCCUCCCAAGCCUGGACGUGCACCCCCUUUCCCCUCGCAGAAGCCCUCCCCAGCAGCUUCAUGUCACAAGCUUCCCAGGCUGUGCCCCCUGGAAAACUCCAGCUCAAGUCCCUGCGUCCCCAUGGGUGGUGCUGGGCAGCCAGCAUUCCUGGAAGUUCCCCCUUUGGCAAUGGUGUGUGGGUGUUCGGUUCUGUGUCUGGUGACUAUGGACAGACAGUAAAUCUCCCUGUGAUCCGUGGUAGCUGUGAGGCGGCUCUGGAACGCCAAGAGCUGUUUGCUUUGAACCGUGAAGAAAACUGUGUUUUGAGUUUAGCUGAGAUUAAGAAAAAAGUUCCUCCAGUGACUGUUAAUGUAAACCUGGUUAUUAAAAUAACUGUAAAACCA